AUGGCAGACUCUAGAAUAUCCUCGUCUGUGGUGGUGACCGCUCUGUUCCUCACGUUUCUCACAUACGGACACGAAUUAGAAUCGUGGUUCAACCUGCUUGGUGUACUUGUGGCUAGAUUUGUCUGGCUUGGGGUCAAGAUUGCAUUUUCGUUCUGUAUUCUCCUGUUCGUUGGCUUUCUAGUUGAGGACGACGUACGCGGCUUCGUGAUCAGAAUGGAAGCAAAAGCUUUAGAGCUAUUAGAAAUAGCGAAAAGCAACACAUUAUCAUGGGACCAGAAGCAGACUGCUCUGGUGGCCUACAAAUCAGAAAUCAAGCAACGAAAUGUCCCCGAAGCCGCAGUGCGGCCGACAUUCGAGGCUCUGCGGACAUUUAUCGCCACUCCACGCGGCCUAGAAAUUGGGCCUGCAUUCCAGACGCUUAGCCAUUUGAUCAAGCGUUUGACAUAUCAACGACAACCACAAUGGAUUGCAAGUUAUAGUCGCGUCCUUCAACCUGUACUUCUCGAACGACUGGGAGACAACCGAGAACGCGUUCGAGCAUUCGCCGCUCAGGCGUUCACGGAGCUCUGGCCAGCUGCGAGUGCUGAGGUGGAAUAUUAUGUUCUCGAUACCGCAAUGGUGGGAAGAAACCCACGUGCAAAGGAAAUGGCUUUGAUCUGGCUGUCAAAUAUGUCUAGACAGCAUGGCCUACGUUUUCGCCAAUAUGUUGCAAGCUUAGUCAACUGUCUCGAAGAUGCGGACCCGGCCGUAAGAGACGCUGCAAAGUCCACUGUAGUUGAAUUAUUUGGCGCUGCAUCUGGUGCAUCAGCCCGCGCAAAAGCAGAUCUUAUGACUCAGCUUAGCGUUCACAAUGUACGCAAGUCUAUUGUCAACGCCAUUCUUACGUCGAUCAAUCUCGAUCCUUCCGAUCUCGCACCUAAUCGCCUCUUGUCUCAUGAGGACACGCAACGUCCCACUUCUAGAAUGGAGGCACAGCCGCGUGCUUUGUCCCGAGCUGACGGACCCAUACGGCCGAAGAGCAGGGCAGAAACCCUGUCGCAGCGCCCUCAUUCCCGUGCUGAUGGAAUCAUAAACCGUCCCACUAUUGGAGCAGAGGCUCCUUCACGUCCCAUUUCUCGAGCCGACGGACCAAUGCAUCGCCCUAUCACCGGAGCAGAGGCUCCUUCGCAACGUCCAAUGUCUCGAGCUGAUGGACCAGUGAAACGCCCAAUCUCCAGAGCAGAGUCUGCUUCGCAGCACUCAGAAGUUGUCAAAUCCACCUCCGAUGGCAAAGGAGACGAGCCACUUAAUGUCGGUUCUUCGCGUGAAAUCGAAGACAUCGUGCGCGGCAUGGUUCCUCACUUUGAAGGGCGUGAGUCUGAAGACAAUUGGGCCACACGCGAGGAAAACGUCAUGCUUCUGCGCCGCAUCGUCAGAGGCAAUGCUUCUGAGGCUUACUCUACCACAUUGAUCACCUCUUUGAAGUCCAUACUAGACGGGAUUUUCAAAGUGGUUAAUUCGCUUCGCACUACCAUGACAACAAACGGAUGUCUUCUCCUUCAAGACAUGGCCAUUUAUUGUGGCUCGAAGAUAGAUUCCAUGAUGGAGAUCAUCAUGCAGAACUUGAUCAAGCUAUCCGCAGGGAUGAAGAAGAUCACUGCCCAGAAUGGCAAAUCUACUGUGGAAAUCGUGAUCCAGCACGUUACUUUUACCCCUCGUAUCCUGCAGCACAUAUGCAACGCUUCGCAGGACAAGAACGCCCAAUUGCGGCUGUUCUCAGCAGAUUGGAUCAAGAUUAUAUUAGAAAAACAAGCUAACCAUAAGUCCUCUAUCGAACACGGAGGUGGGCUGGAUCUCCUUGAAAAAGGGAUCAAAAAGGGCAUUUCCGAUCCGAAUCCAGCUGUCAGACAGGCGAUGCGUGGGGCUUUUUGGGUGUUUUUCAGCAUGUGGCCGGCUCAGGGUAAUGAAAUCCUGUCCAAUCUAGACCCCAAGUCCCGCAGCCAGCUUGAAAAAGAUCCGGGCAAUCCAAAUAUCGUCGCAAUGAAAAGCGACAUUGCAUCUCGUAAGAGUGCUACGCCUAGCGUUUCCUCUGUCAGAAGUCGAUCGGCUCUGCAGGAAGCUAUUGCCGCUCAGAAGAAAGCGCACCUAGCCCCUAAGGUUAUCAAUCAACAGCGUCCUACAGCGGCUCCAUCUCUCGUCGCCAAUAUCCACGCCCAAGGCACAAUGCAGUCAAGCCAACCGGACUUGCACUUGCCCUCGACUGAGGAUGUCAAUGUGGCUUACCAGAAAGGGUAUCUGGCAGCCAAAACAACCCAGCGCAGCGACUCUGCGCAGUCUGUCUUCACAGACACAGACAUCCUCGAAAUAACACCUAGCCAGUCAGCUGUGCGCUCGAUGGGAAAUACCUCUUCUGCUUCCUCAUUGUCUUCCGCACCUAUGCGCCCAGCGGGAAAAGCGCGCCGACCUGAACUGAGCCGCCCGGGGACUGCGGACUCUUAUACUGUUCGGUCUAACACUUCCGAUUCGAAAUCGGAUGUGCACAUUACUGUGCCCAUGAGCACCACGGCGAAAGCCAAGGCGAAGAAACUUGACAUCGCCAAGACCCGUGCCACAGAGCCCCGUGCGAAUGGUAAUCCACAGGAGAACAAGGGUGGCAAAACCACUGGCCUUCAGGUAUCUAUCGUUCCCACAGAACAUGAUAUCCCUGUCGAGGCCCAGUCGGAGAGUCCCCAUGUUACUGUGGUGCAAAUGCUAACUGCUUCAGAAGAAUUCAAACAGAAAGAUUUCGCCCGCGCAGAAAAGUCUGGAGGCUAUCCUAUUGGAGAACAAAAGAAGGACCAAUGUGCCGAAGAGCCCAUUGAAAAUCGCCCAGCCCAACAUUUCGCAGAGCCCAUCGCUGACGUCCGGCUCUCGGAUCCCGGUGCUGGCGAACUCGAAGAUGGAAAGAUUGAUUCACAAUGUGGGAAUACAAGUGAAGGAGAACAAGAACACUCCGUCGAAAACGAAGGAGAACGACAGUCCCAACAUGAAGACGAGACGGAGACCCGUGAGCCUAAACAAACGCCCCCGUUGGAAACAUUCGUUCCCAUCCACUUAGGGGCAAAGGCUAUACCGGUGCAAAUCUAUGAAGAUCCCAUUGUUACACCAGAGCGAGAAGAGGAGUCUAUUCAUACUCAACAGCAUGUAUCAUCUACCCGAGAGGAGGAGACUAUUCCUAACCACAUUGUUACCCUUCAACAUGUAUCCAAUAACAGCGCUUUGGCAGAACUAUCCCUCAAUGAACCUGUUCAUCGUGAUAGUAAGCCAGCUGUGCCAGCCUCCCCUCUGUAUCGGGGACGACAAUCAAUUGGGGCGACAAGUCCUACGGGUAGCCCAGAACAUCGCCGCCAGAAAAACGGCCCAACCGCCGAGCGCAAAAGAAGCAUCAGCCCCCGCUCGAAAGACCCAGCCAAAGCACGGGAAAUGCUUGAGAAGGGCAUUCAGAAGAUUCGGUCCAAGAAUAUGGACAUCCUUGGACACCGAAAAUUGCAAGGCCUUAUUGAAUAUCACGACUCUAUUUUUCUUCACGAAGGCAAAUAUGAUGAGAUGCUACUGGUUUUGCUCGAAGAGCUGGAAAGUCCUCCGGACGAGAAGCGACAACGCCUUGGGCGUCCGCUGGACUUGAAAACUCAAGUCCUUCUUACCGUUCGCUUCAUGCUUGCGCACAACAAGCACUUUGUUUCGUCUUACUAUCCCAGAGCCAUCGCAGCCCUCAUCUCCGCUAGGAACUAUUACGACUCUUCAAGCCACAUCAUCAAUGGAUUGAAUGAGACCGCUGAGGAGAUUCUUGGACAAUGCGAGCCUGAGAGUGUCAUCGACGCUGUGACCGAGCUCGUGUCGACGGAGGAUUCGGAAAAAAGCGAUCGGGCCAUUACUAUGGGAUUUUCUAUCAUGACGGAUAUUUUUAAAAGGAUGAACAGCAGCGCCAUUCGGCUUUCAGAAAGUCUUGUGGAGAAAGUCGGGUCACUAGCAGGCAGGAAUUUGACCGCUCGACAGCCCGAUGUCAGACGUCAAGCGACCCAGCUCUGCGUACAAUUGCAUACCAUGGCCGACAACGAUGAUCACUUCUGGCAGCUUAUUGGAUGGCCACGCGAGAACUCACGCAACCUGUUGACAUACUACAUUGCCCGGAAGUGA